UUUCCUGUGGUUCUUGGUUUCCAUCGGACUGCUUUAGGAAGAAAAGGUCUGAUCAUGUGACACUUGCAGCUAGCAAGAAGUUUGAGGUCUAUUUUUAUAAUUACUUACAUUAAUUUAAACGUACGUUUAUAUAUCAGUAUUUACAGUUAUACAUUAACGAGCGAUAAUGUUGCUGGUAUUAUCUGAAGAACAUAAAGAGCAUUUAGGAUUUCUACAUGAGGUAGACUCAUCAGUUGUGGGUGAAUUUGGACGAAUAGCUGUUGAGUUCCUCAGAAAAGGAUCAAAUCCAAAAAUAUAUGAAGGCGCAGCAAGGAAACUGAAUGUGUCCGCAGAAACAGUUCAACAUGGAGUGGAGGGAUUAAUGUACCUUCUAACUGAAAGUUCCAAACUGAAGAUUUCCGAAUUGGAUUUUCAGGAUUCAGUGUUGGUGCUGGGCUUUCCUGAGGAACUAAAUGCGCUUCUACUACAGCUAUAUCUGGACAACAGGAAGGAAAUCAGACACAUUCUGACUCAACUUGCACCAACUCUUCCCCACUAUCACAAUCUUGAAUGGCGCCUGGAUGUGCAGCUGGCCAGUCGAACGCUGCGACAGCAGGUGAAGCCCACAGUGACUCUAAAGCUGCACCUGGACGACAGUGGGACACAGAGCGCACGCGUGCUUCAGACGGACCCAGCCACACUUCUGCAUCUCAUAACUGAGCUGGAGCGAGCGCUUGCAGAGGCAAAGACCAACCACUGCCGCCGUAUCAUGCGUAACAUCAAAUAGACCACGUUACUGGACAAUGCUCCUGCCGGGCCUGGCCACAAGGGGGCGGUGGAUGAUCCCCCAUCCCCCAUGUCAGGACGGGAGAGGCAGGGGAGAUUGGCAGCUUCCAAGAGGCACUUGCAUUAACACCAUUGGACUACAUUGUAGAACAGUGUUUUAAAGAGAUUUUUUUUCUAUUUUGUUGUCCUUUCUCUUUUUUUUUUUUUUUUACACAUUAUGCUGAUCAUCUUUGUAGAGCAUGCAAAGUCAUAGGCUCAAUCAAUGCUUUAGACAUUUUAAAGUGGUCUUAUGUUUAGAAGGGCAUUAGUCCAAUAUGGUGCACAGCUUUGGGUCAUUUUGCUUGCUUGCAUUUUGGAAAUCAAGAGCUUGGCUUCUGUGUGAUCAUUCAUGGGGUUGUAUUGCAGACGUCUUAUGUAAGAUGCCUUACAGGAAUAUGAGUCAUAUGUUAAGUUUUUAAGUCAUUAAUUUACCAAUAGUGUUCACUCCUUUUUUGUUGGGAUCUGAUUUCCAAGUGCAGUCAUAUUCAGGACCAGUGUAGCAGGAAUUGUGUGGGAGGCUUGUGGAGGAGUUAGGUAUUGCACUGUGUGAUAACUCGAGUCUGUGUAUUAUCAGCCGGUCAGGGGGUAAGAGGCUGAACAAUGUAAUGGUGUUUGUCCGUUUACAUGGUGCAUGUCUGAAUUCAAGGCAUUUGGAAUGAGAAAUGUUGUUAAAAGAUAUGGGAAGAUCAUGGAUUGUACUUCAUGGAAUUAUUCAGUUCAUGAAUAAAGAUAAAUGCCAGAG